AUGGACCAAGUCAUCGCGCCAACCCUAGCCGCUAAAAAUAUAGAUCUCCAAUGCCGCGAAGGCUUCUGCACCUUCCUUGACACAAAGUACCGCUACCAGUACUACGGCCACAGCUGUCGUCUCGGCGUGACAUGGUUCGACAUGGUCCGCAGCAACCAGUACUCCGCCGGCGAGGCGUUUAACUGGGGUCUCCGCAGUGUAGGCGCCUUGCAGAUGGGACGUGCGCUGCAAGAUUACCGACUCGUUCAUGCUAGUCGCGAGAUGUACGGUCGUGCUUUGUACCACUUAGCGCGGACGUUGAAUAACCCCGCCCUCGUCACGGCAGAUACGACUCUCGCUGCGGCUAUUCUUCUUGGCGGGUAUGAAAUGGCUAAUGUCACGGGGAAAAAGGCUUGGAUACUUCAUUCGAGGGGGAUCUCGCAUUUGUAUCAGAUUCGUGGGGCGCAGGCUCAUGCUGAUGGCAUGGGGCGGACGCUUUUGUUGUCGUUUCAGGGAUUUCUGGUCUACGAGGCUCUUUUGAAUGGGGAAAGGUGUUUCCUUGAAGAUGAAGAAUGGAAGCAGAUUAUUCCACAGAUGAUCGAGGAUGAAAAGCGGCGUGGAAAGGUCAGUCGCUUGGGGGCUUUGAUCGAUUACGCAGGCCACGAGAUAGCACGCUGUCCGGGCUUUGUCAAACGAACACGGUCUCUCGUUGCAAAUACUUCCGCCAGUGACGACGAAAGAGAAGACUUGGUCCAGUCAAUGACAGAGUGCCAAAAUACACUCUACGAAUAUCAAACCGAAAUGACGACGGGAGUCAAAUCGAGUCGCCAAUCCCGAGAAACCGAUUUCGCCGGGGUCAUUUCUGCAGAUCUGGUGGGACCAUUAUGGGACUACUCAAUGCAAGGCGUCAAUGCCGCGAUCGCGAUAUUGGAGCAACUUUUGACGGUUUUGAAAGCGGAUCGUUACCGGCGAAAGGUCUCAACUGUGAGGCUAGGGCAGCGAGAUUAUCAACCGGGGAAGAAUGCGUGGGAAGUCCUUGACUAUUCGUCAAUAUCUCGGGCUAUUGCUACCGGGAGACGUGCGAGACAGGCACCAGGGCCUCAACAGCGUGGGGAUUUUGAAACUUGGUUUGAUCGUGUCUCUAUGACCAUGGGAAUGCUAGAGGAAACUGCCCCCUUUAUUUAUUAG